AGCAAACUUAAUUAUCCAUUGGUUAUUGUCUCCAUUUUUGUUGCCAAAAAACAAAAUGAUUCUUUUCUUCUUCCUCAUAUUAUCAUAGUAUUUAAACUCAUUUGUUCCCAUCCUCCUCUUGAAACAUCACAUGCAAUUCAGUAUAAAGUUCUUGGAAUACGUGUGUACUACAGAUAAAGUUGCCUCAAUAAUACUGGUGUCACUUGCAAUCUUGUUGGAGUAUCUGGUUUGGUACCAAUUGCAAAUGGUGAGAAUACAUACAUUUGCCUUUAGGCUUGUUUUUGUGGCAGAGAAAAUGGUAGCUAGAAUGGUGGAUCUUCGGUCAGAUACAGUGACAAAGCCAACUGAAGCAAUGCGAGCUGCUAUGGCGAGUGCUGAGGUUGAUGACGACGUUCUUGGCCGUGACCCCUCUUGUUUUCUCUUAGAGUCAGAGAUGGCAAAGAUAUUUGGAAAGGAAGGUGCAAUUUUUGUUCCAUCAGGCACAAUGGGGAACCUUAUAUCCGUGCUUGUGCAUUGUGACAUAAGGGGAAGUGAAGUUAUUCUGGGAGACAAUUCCCACAUACACAUUUAUGAGAAUGGAGGCAUUGCAACCAUUGGAGGGGUCCAUCCAAGAACAGUAAAAAAUAAUGAAGAUGGAACCAUGGACAUUGAUUUGAUUGAGGCUGCCAUCAGAGAUCCAAAGGGAGAGCUAGUGUAUCCAACCACAAGGCUUAUUUGCUUGGAAAAUACUCAUGGAAACUCUGGUGGUAGAUGUCUUUCAGUUGAAUAUACAGACAGAGUGGGAGAGGUUGCUAAAAAACAUGGACUGAAGCUUCACAUUGAUGGAGCCCGUAUAUUUAAUGCAUCAGUUGCACUCGGUGUCCCUGUGGAUAGGCUUGUUCAAGCAGCUGAUUCGGUAUCGGUAUGUCUAUCAAAAGGCCUGGGUGCUCCAGUUGGAUCUGUUAUUGUUGGUUCCAAUAGCUUUAUCACCAAGGCUAGACGGCUCCGAAAAACCUUAGGUGGUGGAAUGAGGCAGGUUGGUAUCCUUUGUGCUGCUGCACUUGUUGCUUUACAGGAAAAUGUUGGAAAGCUAGAAAGUGAUCACAAUAAAGCUAAACUUUUGGCUGAUGGAUUAAAUGAAAUUAAAGGACUAAGAGUGGAUACCUCUUCUGUGGAAACCAAUAUUAUAUAUGUUGAAAUUGAAGAGGGCUCAAGAACUACAGCAGCGAAACUAUGCAAAGACUUGGAAGACUAUGGUAUCUUACUGAUGCCAAUGAGCUUAUCAAGAUUGAGAAUUGUCUUCCACCACCAAAUAUCAGCAAGUGACGUGCAGUAUGCCUUGUCGUGCUUUGAGCAAGCUGUCAAUGGAGUACGAAAUGAAAAUGGCAACUAGUGGACGAAUUUGAAAUUUGCAUCGCAACUUGCUGCCACAUAUGUAACUAUUAUCAAAUUAAAUAAAGAUCAAAUUCCAUUAUGUGAAAAUAUAUAUUAUAUAUGGAGACCUUUGUAAGAAGUUUUGAACAUGAUGACAUGUACGUUUAUGAAUGAUGUGUAAUCCAAAUUUUCUGAGUAUGAGUCUGCAGUGGUGGAACUGUGAGCAGUGAAGACCUUUAAUUUGCACAA